GUAAAACCGGUCGUCGGUGCUUGCUGCUUGCUUUUGUCCCAAAGGCCGAAAGGAGACGAAAGAAAGAAAAGAAAGGAGAAAAAAUAAUCAAAUAAUUCAUCGGAAAGGGGAAAAGAUCGGAGAAACGAUGAAGGGCGCUGGAGUCCAUUCCUCAUAAGAGCACUCUGACGGAAUCGAAUCCCCACUUCUUUCACCAAUCCUGCCGAUCAGUUACAGGUGGAGAGAUCUAGGAACUUGAAAUGGAUGAUGAAGGAGAUGUGUCAGCGUUAAAGUCUCAGCUCAGCCAAAUGCGAAUCAUGUGGGUCCAUGAGCUGGAGCGACGCCGACAGCAAGAGGAGAUGUUGGAAGCAAAACUAAAUGAGAUUAAGGAGUUUGUUGCUGACACUGAGAAAAAGGAGAAAAGGGAAAUGGAAGUUCUGUGGCGAAGGGUCAAGGCUGCUGCUACAUGGAUGACAUACUUGAAGUCCAAGGCUAAAAUUAUGGCGGUACCUCACCUUGCACAUACUUCAUGUGGGAUAAGACAUCAAGAAGGAGUGGGAUUUGUUGACAAACAUGGAACACCGUUGGCAGAUUGGUCAAAGGUUGUUGAUCUUUCUCUUUUUGAAAGUUUGGAUGAGGAGAAGAAACCACAGCCCAGGAAAAAUCAAGGGCUUUUUGAUGAAUACGAUGGUGCAUACAUUGGUGACAUAAUCAAGUCAGUAUUAUUAGUUACAGAUGUGAUGGAGGCUCUUGUUAAGAGGGUUAUUAUUGCUGAAACAGAAACAGCUACUGAGAAGGAAAAGGUAAAUUUAGGCCAAGAAGAGAUCAGGAAAAAGACACUCCAAGUUGAAAAGAUGUCAGCUAGAGUGGAGGAGAUGGAAAAAUUGGCAUCAGGUACUGAUGAAAUGUUGAAGGAAAUGCGCCAGAAGAUAGAAGAUAUGGCAGAAGAGACCUCCAGGCAAAGGCAACGAGCUGCAGAGAAUGAGCAAGAGCUUUUUCGAGUUAGGCAGGAUGUGGAGUCUCUUAGAUCAAGUAUCAGUGGUCUUGUUAGUGUAAGACAGACACUUAUAUCAUCAGAGAAACAAUUCCAAACAAUGGAGAAACUUUUUGAACGGUUAAUUGCCAGUGCUGCACAUUUGGAGAGAAUGAUCAUUGAAAAGGAUAGUCAAAUUCGAGGUCUAGAAGCAGACAAAGAUCGGCUAACUGCUCUUUUGGAUUUGAAAGAGGCUCAGUUGGUUGCCAUGAAUGAACAGUGUAAGAUCAUGGCCACAAAGCCAUUGUGAUUCCAUCAUCUGCUGUAUCCUCUAAAGCUGUAGUGUAUGAGUUACAUACUAUCUCUUCAUGUCGAACACAUGUUACAUGUUGAAGGUUGUUGAAGUUCACCUACAAUCACUACCUAUUCUUGGUAAAUGGUAAAUGAUACAAUGAACACAUUGUUUCACUACAAAAAAGCCCCUUCCCGUGUUGUCAUUGGUAAAUGCCCAUUGUUAACAAAGAAGUUCUUUAGAUAUAGCUUCUUUAACAUGUAUAGCAAAAUUUAGUGGAUUUUUUCGUUACUGGGGAAAUGGCAAGGGGGUAUUCCUCUCUGUGGGAGGUUACUGGUUAGAGCUUCUCUAUGAAAGUUUGCAGCCUGGUGAUCUGUCUAGCUUUCACCAGCUUUCAGUGAAACAGAAGUGUGGCUCCUGUUAGUAUCCGGAUGUUCAAUGGAAAAUGGAUGUUGUGAGUUGCAGACUUGAAGGAGAGGAUAUCUUGGCCUCUUGUGAGAAUGGUGCUACUUCUGUUACCAUACUAGCUUGAUUGUGGUGGAAUUAACCUCAUGAUUUUGCAACUGAAACAGGGCCUUUUGAGCACCAGCUUGAUAUCUUAUUAAUUAAUAUUCAGUCUGUUGUCUUUAUCUGAAUCUGUGUGUAACAAUCCGUUCUUCUUUAUCCUGGUUACUGAGAGACUUACACUUUUUCUAAUUUCAUCUCUGCUGGUUUACCA